UCUCGGCAUCACCGUGAAAUCAGGUAAAUCUGUGUGGCAGAAGCCCCACCAGUGACUCCAGUAUGAGGCCCGUGAGGCUGACUAGGCCCGCCCAGGAGGACCAUUAAGGAGCGGAGAGGCCUGCUGGGAGAACUGGGAGGUUCGGCAGAGACCAGGUGCGUUUGUGUUCAGUGACAGCGUGGCGGGUUCGUGCUGCUGGGCGGGGCUCCAGGUGGCGCUGUCCAGCGUGACGGUGCUGAAACUGGCAGGGAGGAUCUGACUGCGCAUCCGCGCCGAUAGGAUUCGUUUUCAGGCUGAAGGAGCAAACAUGUGGGAGAAAAUGUUUCUGCUUCUGAUGCAUGCUGUGGAAGCUGCAGUGGCGUCUCAGUGCUGGCAGGGGGCGACCUUCUCUGAGGCCGUGGUGUCUCCUGCGGUGGAGAGCAGCGGUAUACUGCGGGUGCCCGGCGUGGCAUCUCUGCCGCAGUGUGUGGCUGCAUGCUGUGACCUACCCGGCUACGAUCUGGCCUGGCUGUUCGAGGGCCGCUGUUACGUCCUGAGCUGCCAGCAGAGGGAGAACUGUCAGCCCCGACAGACACCUGGCGCUGACUCUUUCCUUGUUUUCCUGCGUCGGGCGUCACCGCAGACGCUGGUGCUUCAGUCUCUGGUGAGGGGGGAGCCGUAUGCCGGCCGCUGGAGGCCCCUCUCUCGAUCGUCUGAGGCCCCCGGGGACCUGGAAGCCCUGAAGGAUCUCACUCUGUUUGACGGGCCCCAGCGAGGCUUCUCGGACCCUGGGAUGCUGGAUGUGGAGUACUCGGAGGGCAGCCAGGAGGAAAGGGGAGGAGUCCAUUCAGAAGUGGCGACUGAUCAGCUGCCUUUGAAGGAAAGAGACCGCCUCAACCAAUCAGAGGCAGAAGACGGUCCAGAAAUGGAGCUGACAGAGAGCAGCGUGGCCCAGAAAGGAGCCUCCUCUGUGGGGAAUGUGAGCCGGGGAGAGGAGGUCGCGACCAGCAGACCAACCGAGGUGGCAACAGAGGAAACGACACAAAGUAGCCCCAGUUCUCCACCCCUGAAACCAGUGACCCACUCAGCUCCAGUCCACACCCCACCUGCCCUCCCCGGGCCCAUCAGCCCCACAGCAAAGCCAGGUCCAGCCCUGGUGGCAUCUCUUGGAAACCUCGUACAACGUCCCACAGUGAAACCAGAUGCUCGAGCUGCUUCUGAACCCACUGCCGAACUCACAUCAGACACACCGAAGGUGCUUCAGUCUGCAGCCGCAGCUCCAACUUCCACCACCCAACCAACUGUGACCUCUGACCUCACCACCUCCACCUCGUCAGCUGCCAGGGUUAACACUCUGAGCACGACGGAAGCGGCUGCUGCUGAACCAGCCGAGGUCAGAGGGUCAAACCGUGGUCCAGUGGCCAUUGUGGGUCCCGACAGGAACCUUUUUCUCCCAGUGAGCAGCUUGUUGCUUGACGGCAGCAGCAGCACCGAUGACCAUGGCAUUGUUGGCUACCACUGGGAGGCAGUCAGCGGUCCUCCCGGGCUGAAGCUGGAUGACGUGGAUCAGCCCAUCGCCAUAGCCUCAGGUGUUCGGGUGGGGCGCUACACCUUCAGACUGACCGUUGUUGACCAGGAGGGGGCGACAGACAGUGCCUCACUGACCAUCCAGGUGCAGGAGGCCAGAAGUAGUCUUCCGGUCGCCCACGCCAGCGGCAGCCACUCGCUCACCCUGCCCAACAACUCUCUGGUCCUCAGAGGCUCGGUGACAGACAGGGAUCAGGGUGAGGUCCGCUUCCUGUGGACCAGAGACAGCCAGAGUCCUGCUGCAGGGGAUGUCCUGUACUCCUCUGAGACUCAGCCCUCUCUCUAUCUUGCCAACCUGGUUGAAGGCACCUACCUGUUCCAGCUGAAGGUAACUGAUGCCCAGGGACGCUCGGGCUUUGCCAUGGCCACCGUGGAGGUGCGACCAGAGCCCGGUGGCGGGGAGCAGGUGGAGCUGGAGAUGCUGGUGUCGGUGUCUCAGGUGAGUGUGGCUCAGAGGGACACCGUGGUCCGACAGCUCGCUGCUCUGAUCCACGUCCUUGAAAGCGACAUUCAAGUCAGAGCACUGCAGGGACAUUCGCACAUCAGCACGGUGUUGCGGUUUUCUGUCCGGGGCCCCUCGGGACUUCUCUCCAGCUCCCGUUUGGUCAGUAUGCUGAGGAACCAGCUGCUCAGAGAGAAGAGCGAGUACCUGCUCUUCAGAGUCCUGCGAGUGGACACCGUCUUGUGUCUGCUCCACUGUUCGGGGCGUGGCCAGUGUGAUCCAAUCACUAAGCAGUGCGUCUGUGACCCCUUCUGGACCGAGAACCUGAUUCGUCGUUACUUCGGUGAUGGAGAGAGCAACUGUGAGUGGAGGGUCCUGUACGUCAUCCUGACCAGCUUCGUGCUCGUCGUCCUCAUCCUGUCGGUCAGCUGGACGUUUAUCUGCUGCUGUAAGAGGAGGAGACAGACCAAAGUGAGGAAGAAAACCAAAUACACCAUCCUGGACAAUAUGGAUGAGCAGGAGAGGGUGGAGCUCCGACCCAAAUUCAGUAUCAAACACCGCAGCACGGAGCAUAACUCCAGCCUCAUGAUGUCUGAGUCGGAGCUGGACAGCGACCAGGACACCAUCUUCAGCCGGGACCGUCCGGUCCGCAGCAGGAACCGGAUCAGCGCCCAGGCCGCCCGCAAUGGCGACGCCUUUGGAUGAUGGGCUAGCCGAUCUCCUGCAGACACAGACAGGUGCAUCCUGGGACGUGCUUUUUUCGCCAUUCCUGAGGAUGGUAACGUGUCCGAUUUCAAAGGACACAAGGAACUCCACACCUGGAGGACAAACCUACGGCUGCUCGGACAGGUGACAGGAAGUCCUCAAUGAAGAACAAUAUUUUUCCCAAAGAGAAGCCUGAAAGGGCGGGACCUGUUAGCCCGGCACAGUCUGAAGCAAAAGUACCCACCAUCACACCACACCCAGGCUUCUGAGACACAGUUUGUUAGCCAACAGAGCAAUCACCAGGAAACACGGCGUUAGCUGAUGAUGCCGUCAGUGCUGCAGGGCGGCAUCUGAUCCUGCUGGGAAGGAAAAUUCCUAAACUUCAGUGUCGUUUCUCUGAGGCUCGUUGAGGCUCAGCUCAGCACCGUCCAAACACAAAAACCUCCAACAUGUUAGACUUUAUAGUAAAGAAGGAGAAAUAUCAGCGAUUGCAGUCAGUGAACCAAAUGACACAUUUGUUUGUUAAGAAGCAUCGUGUGACUCAGACAUUUCAGUUUAAAAAAAAGCAACUUUAAAUAUUUCCCUUCUCAGAUGGGAGGCUGGUGUUAGACCCACCAGGUUUACUUUAUUUGAAAAUUACUGCCCUCCAAAAUACCCGACACGAACACAAUCACAGCAGGACGUAUCACAAAUUAAUCUUUAAUUCUGCUUUAAUACAUUUAGUCAAAUACAAAAUUUACACAUUAACAUUGACAACAGUGUUUCACAAUUCAAAUUACACAGAAAUGAGUAUUCAGUUACUAAUCUGCUCCCAGAUUUAAUAUUUCAAAUAUUUAUGAUGUACUUCAUUAAAAGGUACUUAUUGUAACUUCCUGUGUUUUAAAGCAGCCUAAAAAGCUUCCAAAAAUAAGUAAAUGAAGAAACAUUUGGACUGAAAAAUUAAAACCAAUUUUAAUAAAAUGAGGGCACAGAUAAAAAGAAAAAAGUUAAGCUGAAAGCACGCCCCCUGGUGUCAGAACAUUGAAGCUUUUCUGAGGGUAAUUACAAAAAGUACCUUUAACUUUAAAUCAGGCAGACUGAACGGGGCCAACAGGUGGACUGAUCAUCAAAUAUGGCACUUAUGAUUUCACUGCUUUCAGGACCCAGGAAACAACUUCCUGUGCUUUAACAUCAACAUCUGUCUGCAAACAGCUGCUUCUUUUAAUGGUUUUAACGUCAACAACCUCAGGUACACGCAGACGUUUUCCUCCCAAUAUCUACAGCACAGAUUUACAUGAACAUGUUUGAAAUGUGUACAAAAUAAAAUAAAAGGCUCUCGUGGCAGAUGCUCAACCUCAUGGUGAUUAAGAUCAUUAACACGUGUCACUCAUGUUAGUUCAGCAUCAUUAAUACUAAAAAAAAUAAGGAUGCUCAGCAGGAGGUUUGGUGUCUUUUUUUUUUUUUUUAAUGGCUGCAAGUUUGCAGCUUUGUUUCCACUUUAAAGAAAAAAAAAUCUGAGUGCUACAGGUGCAGGUUUAUGGAGACGUGCUGCUUCAUGGGCGGACUAAGCUCCAUCUGAUGGUUUAGAAAGGGUUUUUACUGGUGGUUGAGCAUGGUGUUUGUUAAGCCCCGCCCCAACUCAUUGAAGUGUCCCAGCUUUUGAAAGUUUAAUUUUACAACCAGUGCAAAAAAACCACCAAACACCCAUUCCAGCAGAUGAUAGAAAUUAUUCAGUCUGGCAUGAAGAGGUCUGAGAGCGCCUCCCGCUGGUUCGAGGACGACAUGUGAAAAUAAUAAUUAAUAAACUGAAGGUGCCGUGUGGGGUGUGAAAAAACUGAAUUUUCCAGAUUAAAGAUGGACACUUGAAGUUAUUCCUGGUUCCUCUGUGCUGCAUUUUGCAGACGGUCCCUGAACUGCACACAGACCAAGCUGUGUGAGGAAGACUGGCUUUGAUGAAGAUCAGCUUCAUUAAAUCUCAUCUCUGACAUGAUUGGACACAUGUGCUUCUGGCAUUACAAUGUUAAAAAUGUGGGGAUUUCUUGUGUAUUUGUUUCUUAGAAAAUGUUUUCCUCAUAUUUGCAACUUUUUAAAGUAAAUUUGUGGCUUUUGUCGUUUGUGCUUUUCUUUCAUGUAAAUUUGCCGUUUUUCCUCAUGAAUCAGGUUCGUUUCCCCCAGAAUUGUACCCAGCUCGCCUUUUCAUUAAAAGAAAAAAAGCUUUCAGUUGUGUUGAUCAUCGUAGAGUUUAAACGAAAAUAUAAACAAAUUCAAUUGGUUUUAUAACCGGUGGAGCGUGACCAUCACGUAUCAUGAGAAACUACAGAGCCAAUCAGAAAAGUUAUCCCCCUUAUAAAAACAUGUCACUGAUCAUUUUCCUUAAAAAAAAAAAAAAAAU